CACAGAGAGGGAGAAAUAGAUAGAGAGAGAGAUAGAGAGAGCGCGCGUCGCGAGAGCUGGAGCAGCAAGCUUGAGGUUGAAGAGACGAGGUUGAGAAAACGGCGGAAGAAAGGGAAGAAGAAGGAAGAGGAAAAGAAGGAAGAAGGAAGAAGAGAAGAAGAGAAGAAAAACUGGCGAGACGACGCAGCAGGAGGAGGAAAAAGACGCCAGGAAGGGCAAAAAGUGGGUCUGCGAGCGGCGGGCGGUGAUUGGCUGGCUGCUGGAUUGGGUAGUUAUUAUUGUUUGCUUGGGCUGGACAGGGCGAGGAGGAGCAACAACAAGAAAGAAGAAGAGGAAGAAGAAGACGACGAUGGGGACGAUGGGGACGAUGGGGACGAUGGGGACGAUGGGGACGAUGGGGACGGGGACGAGGGACGGCGAGACGAGAUAAGCGAGGUGAAAAGGGAGAGACGGGCAGGGCAGCUGGGGGGGUUAGCUGGUCAAGGCGACGAUAAGGGUGAGUGGUAA